AUGCUCAUAGCAAAGAUGAGUGUCACACCCGGUGGGCCAAUCAUGAUCGACGACAAGGCAGUGACGGGAAAGCCAGUUUCGCAGGAUCCAAUAGUGAAGAAGAAGGAUCCAGUGAAGACGGGAAAGCCAGUUUCGCAGAUUUAUGUAGAUAUGAUGGACUUAGUUGAUUAUGAUCAAAUACUUUAUUACUUAUUUGUGACACCACUGAUGCUAUUAAUAAACCCCUCGAUCUACAUAUUACUUAUUAGUAAAGAUACCACCUACAUUUCUUCCUCCAUUGAAGCCUGAUCCGUGGGCGAGUACAAACUCGGUGUAUCUGUAUCCAUGCAGACGAAACCUUGGCCGAUACCGAAUAUGAGCACCGACAAUGGUGGACCCAUAAUGGUCGACGGAACGGCGGUGACGGGGCCGUUAAAUCCACCGGCACCGGUGGUGAAAGAUGCGGAGAAUAAGUAGAAGACAUGAUUACGAAAUCAUGAAGCUAAUAAAGUUAUAGAAGUAAUAAUAUUAAGAUGCAUAUAUAGUUUAUACUUAUUAUAG